UAAUAAAAAACAAAUAAACAGGUUUUUUCAACAGUUGUAAAUUCACAGAAAAAUAGAAAACACUGCACUGAGUAAAAAUAAUACAGUGUUGUUAAUAGAUGUCUAAACCGACAUGGGUGGUAGUUGUUCAUCCAGCUGCCGAGGAAACAAACAAAGAUACAAAACACCCGUGGUGACAUACAAACUCUCCGAAGAAGCUAUUGACAAUUCAGCUGAUACUGCUAUUUCGAUACCCCAAAUAUUUAUACAAAACAACAGUGUCUUUAGCAUAAAAGAUCCUUCUAAAUGUUCAUGCAGUUACCAUUCAAAAGUGUUUGUUGCCGAUACAGACAAUAAAACUAAAUGCGGCUCUCAUGAAAAAAUUUCCGAGUCAGAAACAAAGAGUUUUUCGCAGAGUUCAAAUCAUUUUGAUUCGUACCUAUCUAACUGUAUGUGUCAAUACCACUCAUCUUUCUCGGGUAUGAGUUUUCAGAAUAAAGAAGAUAGGCAACACCAAAAUAAAGAAGUUAAAUUAAAUGCUAAGGAGUCUACCCAAAACCCAGCGGUACUUACAAAUAGCGCAGAAAUUUUUUAUGACGCAGUAGGGAUUAGUUAAUUAAAGACAUAUAUAUAUAUAUAUAUAUUUGAAAAACUAUUUAAAUUGAAACUAUUUAAACUCCUUAAAGUUUGGCCCCUUCAUUAGUUUUCUCGUU